CUCUAUACUUAUACAACGAAUUUAAUUUCAUGAAACUUCCUUGAAGUAUAAAAGACGAGUGUUUUCAGAAAAUUAUUUAGUUCUGCUUAAGAAAGCAAAAUGUUUCGUAAAAUUUUACUAUAUUUGACAUUAAGUCUACUUGUUUACCUCGCUACGGGUAGUAGUGAAGAGCUUUUAUUGGAAGAUGAAACGAAAAUGUUGGCUAACAACGAAGUCUUAUCUGAUAAAAUAUCACAAUUAGAUGGAGCAGGAAUAAUAUUGAAUGAUACUGAAGCAGAAGCUAUAAAAUAUUUUGAAAAUAAGGAUCUCAUUUUCGAAAAUGAAAGCUCUGGCGUUAUUAAAGAGAAGCUGCCGAAAGCUCACAGCAAUUUGUUGAAUGGAACUAAAGAGGAUACAGAAGAAAGUAAAAAUAUUGUGACGAAUUCUAGUGGUGAAGAUAAUACAGCGGACAGUACAACUACUGAUUCCAUCGCAAAUAAUCUGUGGAAGGAUAUUACCACGGAAGUUAUCGAGGCAGCUAUUGCAAAUAUGUCUUCCGAAGAAACCGUUUCGAAAGCUUCAGUCGAUUAUAUCGAACCUUUAACGCCUCUGAAUGAUGCCUUCAACCUAACUUUAACUAGAGAGUUCACUCAACAGCUGUCAAAUGAUAAUGAACAAUACAUAACUACAGAUGUAACAACUGAAAGUGAUAUAAAAUCAACUGAGAUUGCUAGCGAGGGUCCAUAUACUAUUAAUUUAAAUUCCGACGAAGCAAAUGCUUUUCAAUCGAGUGAUAUGGUAGAUAUGUUGAGAAUAACAACAGAAGCAGUAAAGACACUGGGUACAAAUAAGCCAAACGGUGAUGUAUUUAGCUCUACUGUGGACCCAACUGAUAGAUCAGAUGAGCUUGCGACAACAGAAUUCUUGAUAGAUCGAUCAGACAUCGAUAUCAUAAGCAAUCAAGAUGUUAAUACAGAUAUCGCUAUCGUCGAAGCUGGAGGAACUUCAGAUCAAGAGAUCCUAAUAUCUCAGUCAACACAAUCUCCUUCACAGAAUGUUACUUCUGCUCCAGUCGUAGAUUCAAUUACAGACAUUACAAUUUCACAAUCUUCAAAAACGGAAACUACUGCUUAUACACCAAUCGAACCAACUACUGAAUCAAUUCAGUUGACCAAAACUUCGGAAAUAAGCUCUACACGCAGCUCCACAAUUUUAGACACAUCCGAAAUUCGAGUGCCUAUUGUGAACACGACAGUAGAGAAUAAAACAGAACCUGAAAAUCCAGCAUCAAAUUCAAACGAAAGUUUGGUUUCCGAAAGGAAAAAAGAUAAUGAAACAGAGAUAAAUUUGCUUCAAACAACAACAUUUAGAUCAACAGAGCUGAACAAUCGUAGUACAACUGUAUCGACAAAGCUUCCUUCCCAUAGUUCCAGCAGACCAAAGCAGACACUGCUGCCCUUGGCUUGGUAUACGAAUCUCAUACCGAUAUAUCCGUCUUAUAUGUUAAAUCCUUUCAACUACUUCUACAAUGCAACUAAUCAGACACGUUCUGGUCCCAGCUCACUACCGACCACUUGGAACUACACCACAUUAUUGAGCCCAACCACAGUCAAUUUCACAAACAUGCUAAGCAAAAUUCUACUCCCGGAAGUUACACCAACGGCGCGUCACGGUUUCUUUCGACAAAGCCAAUCGAAUAUAACCAAAUUUCAUUUCUUUCCUUUGUUCAACCUUUUCAAUGCCACAAAUCAUUUCAAUAAAACCAAAUUUGCAACAAAUACGCAAACGGAAACGGCGACGAAUAUAAGUGCUGUGUUGAAUGCACUCCUCCAACAUAAACACGCCAAAUUCCAACAGAGGCAAACCGAUCAAGACAACGACGACGAUGACGAUGGUUCUUUGUUUGUGCGUCGCCAAUGGUAUAGUACACCGUUAGUCAGUGAUAAUUUGGAACGUUCGGAAGGUGUGCCGUUUCUAACGCCUGUUGUGCGUUAUCGCAAUCAAGGUCAACCAUUGCUUACACCGGUCAUUACGUAUGUCGAACGUGGUGAACCCUAUCGAAUCGCGCAGCCACAGUAUUAUCGCGAAAGACCAAAACUAAAAAAACGCCCUACAUCUAAUUAUCGGCAGCAGCCAUUUUAUCACGAGCGGCCCUACAAUAUUGAACGUCCUUAUCAAGUGGAGCAACACUCCUACUACCAUCAACCAGUAAAAACAGAUGUUAGGGUACAAUCCGGACCUAUCUCAUAUGAAAGUUCACCCAUGGACCUAACCUAUAUCGAACCAAUUAUAGACAUAGAUGAUGGCGAAGUGGAAUAUUAUUAUCGCAGCAAACAGUUGAAUGCAACAGCAUUGCAACCGGCAGAGGACACGCCAAAGACGGGAGCUACGACAUCUCUAAUGCUGGAGGUGGAGGUGCCAAAUCCAAUUUAUAAAUUCAUGAAAAGUAUUUACAAUCUUUUUAUGCCUAAUAAUUAGGUGUUUGCUCAUUAAAUGUUUAAUUAAAUUGAGUAUAACCGCAGCAUAAUUAAUUAUAUAACAUGCUCACCAUCACAGCCAAUAUUCGUGGUUUUGAGUUCAAAGUUUCUUUGUAACUUUUAAGCACUGAGAAAAAUUUUAGAAUAAAAACGAAAAUUAAAAUCCGAAGUGUUUUUUUUAAUUAACGAUUUUCUCGAAAUAUUAUCAUUUAAGACAUUCUAAGAAAGCUGAGAUCUUCGCCGUACUCAGCACCAACCCAGACUUAUAAGGGAACUUCAUAGA